AGUCACGGUAGUUUUUCCUACGCCGCCGCCGCCACCUCCUCCUCCUCCUCCUCCUUCUUCCUCUUCUGUCUCUGCAGUGAGGUCACGGGUGGGCGGUGCGUCAGCGGCGGCUUGUGCUCCAGUCGUGGGGACAGCCGGAGCUCUCGACUGGGAUGUUCGGUAGGGGAAAGGACGUUUCCCGUAGACAACUCGGCGGGCGAAGAGAGGAAGGCGAGGGACGCGUGUGAGAUUCUGUGAAAAAUUGGACAGAUGCAUGAAGUACUAGUCCGAGAAGUUAAUUUUGCUGAUGGCUAGGAUCUUGCUAUCAUUAUUAAGUCUUGGAGUUGGAGCAUUGAUAUUUACCAUGGUCAUCAUCUUUACAGCUACUGUGAGCCACCUGGGAACAACUUUCAGUUCGGAGGUUGAUGAAUUAACAUCAACAUUACUGAAUGUGGAAAGCAUAAUUACACAGUAAAUACACAGCCUUGUGGUCUGGUACUCCUGGAAUCUGCUAUGAAAAGUACCUGUCCCUUGAACAUAUAAAAGUAUAACUUUGGAACCAGCAUGUCUUGGUCUGUGAGAACAUCAGCGGUUCUGCAUUUUUACGUUCAGAUGGAAGCAAAUUUAAAAAGCUUGUGUGUUCAUAAAAAUGGAGAAAUCCUUCAAAGCUAUUAGACUUUGUACUAAGUUACAGUUUUCUAUUGGAUUAAAUCAUUGGAUUAUUUUCAAAACCAGUGAUUUAAGAGAGUGAACAAAACCUUUUUGUUCAUGAAUUGAGUUGAACAUUUUAUAUCAGUAAACUGAAGAAAUAUUUUUAAAUGACAGAAGUUUCUAAGUAAUCCCUCUUCUUUAACUGCUAGGCUAUUAAAUGCAAAGUAUUAAAAAUACCAGUCUUGGUAUCUUAUUAAAUAUUUACUGUGGUGAAAGCAGUUAAAUGUGCAUUGUAUAAUUGCAGAUAACUAGAAACUGACAUUUGAAAGGGCUGCCUAAGAUCAGACCUUCCUAUUUAAGAUCUGGCUAUGGAAGCUCCACAGAUAAAUUUUCCUCUUGGCUGCCAUGCAAAACAAAAGGGGACUGUGGUGCAAGAAGAUGGUAGCCCUCCAGCAAAAAAAGCAAUGACAGAAAUGCAUGUAAAAGAUAAAGUUCAAACUGUGAUAAAUAAGCUGACAACAAUAAAGAAAGAACACUUGGAUGAGUGUGAAGAAAAUGCUAUGGAAGACAGAGAAGAAGAUGCCAAGCCAAAUGUUGCUGCAACAUCUGAGCCUUUGAACUUAAAUCCUGGUUUGAAACACACGCUGGCACAGUUCCACUUAAGCAGCCAGAGCUCACUGGGAGGUCCAGCAGCAUUUUCGGCUCGCCACUCCCAAGAAAACACGCCUUCUGUCUUCGUACCUCUCCCAUCACCCCAGAUCCUUCCUGGUCCACUGCUUGUCCCUUCAGACAGUUCAACAGAAUUAACUCAGACUUUAUUGGAAGGGGAGUCUAUAUCUUGUUUCAAAGUUGGAGGGGAAAAGAGACUCUGCCUUCCUCAAGUCUUGAAUUCUGUGCUCCGUGACUUUUCUCUGCAGCAAAUUAACACCGUUUGUGAUGAACUCUACAUCUAUUGUUCUCGGUGCACUUCUGACCAGCUCCACAUUUUAAAAGUUUUGGGAAUCCUUCCAUUUAAUGCUCCGUCUUGUGGGCUUAUCACACUGACCGAUGCUCAGAGACUAUGCAAUGCAUUGCUGCGUCCUCACACUUUCCCUCAAAAUGGUAGCUUGGUCCAUGCAAAAAACUCUCUGGCCCAACUAAAAGAAACUGGCAGUGCAUUUGAAGUAGAGCAUGAGUGUUUGGGCAAGUGCCAGGGUUUAUUUGCCCCACAGUUUUACCUUCAGCCGGAUUCUCCUUGUAUCCAGUGUUCAGAAUGUUAUGGGAUGUUUUCCCCUCAAACAUUUGUGAUGCAUUCUCAUCGUUCUCCAGAUAAGAGGACCUGUCACUGGGGCUUUGAAUCGGCAAAGUGGCAUUGCUAUCUUCACGUUAACCAAAAAUAUUUAGGAACUCCAGAAGAGAGAGAUUUAAAGCACCUACUGGAAGAAAUGAAAGAGAAAUUUAGUGUGAAAAAUCAGCAGGCCCAGACGAAAGCAGAUUCUCAGUAUAACAUAGAAUUCCAACAAUGGUAUCCAGUGAUAAAGCAAGAAGCAGACACGAUUAAUCAGCCACACUCAUUUCUGCAUCCCAGCUUCUACUUUUACAUGUGUGACAAAGUGGUUGCUCCCAAUGUAUCUCUUACCUCUUCUGUAUCGCAAUGUAAAGAAGCUGCAAAAACAGCAGAGAAGAUUACGGAAGUAAUAAAAUCUCUGCCUGGGCAAUCAGUAAAACCUCACAGUGCCGGCAAGCGCAAAAAAGCCAUUUUCUAUCAAGACAGCCCUCCUGAAGCGCAAAACAAAUCUGAUAUGAAAUUUGGCACAGAAGUAUGCACUAGUUUAGAGCAGCCUAUGUCUACUAAACCUGCAAGCAGAAGGAAAGCUGAACAGAUCCCCUGCAGAACAACUAUAGAAGAUACAGAGGCAGAAUCAAACAGCAAGGGACAAUCGUCAGCUCAGGCUCUUACAAGUGAUGUAGGUUGUGAUGAUGACAAAGGGAAAAUUAUGGAAGAAGUCAUGAAAACAUAUAUAAAGCAGCAAGAAAAACUACAUACAAUUUUGCAAAAGAAGCAGCAUCUCCAAAUGGAAGUGGAGAUGUUAAGUAGUUCCAAAGCCAUGAAGGAGUUAACGGAAGAACAACAGAAUUUACAAAAAGAACUUGAAUCUUUGCAAACUGAGCAUGCUCAAAGAAUGCAAGAAUUUUAUGUUGAGCAGAGGGACUUGGAGAAAAAGUUAGAGCAAGUAAUAAAGCAAAAGUGUACCUGCGACUCUAACUUGGAAAAGGACAAGGAAGCAGAGUAUGCAGCUCAGUUAGCAGAGCUGAGACAGAGGCUGGAUCAUGCCGAGGCAGACAGGCAGGAGCUGCAAGAUGAACUGAGACAGGAGCGUGAAGCAAGACAAAAAUUAGAGAUGAUGAUCAAAGAACUGAAGCUUCAGAUUCAAAAGUCUUCAAAAAGCAGCAAAGGGAAAUAGAUGGCUCAGCAGACGGAGGGUGGGUGUGUCUGCAUUAUCCCAACAGGGUUAAUAUAUCGAGGAGAAGUCAAGUCACGGAUCAGCAAAAGGUAUUGGGGAUGGUCCACAGGGAAUGUCUCUUGUCAAGCAGAACCAUUUAAGUUGUGCCAUCUCCGGCAACUUAGAUGAAGUUCCGCACAAGAGAAGUUUCCGGUAGAUUGUGCCCAAUGUAUACAUUAUAAACCUGCAUCAUAAACUUCUGUACAGUUUGCAGAUGGAUAAAAAUCUGUGUCUGUGCUGCAGCUGCUGCUCUUUUUUGACAGUUACAAACAGCGUGGAAACCUUGUGCUUUACGGUGCUCAGUGUUUAUACAGCAAGCUGUUAAACCUUUACUGAAAGCAGCUUUCUUUCACUCAAAAGUAUGCAGCAUCCAUGUUACUUGCUUUCUGUUGCAUGAGAUCCAUUUAUAUGAACUUUUUUUUUAUAGUUCCAGGAAUCUAAAAAACAGGAAACCAAUUGAAGAGAAAUUGUUCCCUUGCGUUGUUCUACUUUGAUACUUUAUGCUGCAAUGGGAAGAGUAUUGAUGACUGAAAAAUUUAUUCAGCAGUCCCAACACUUUUCCAAAUGCUGAUUCUUUUCCUUCAAAACUGUUAACUUCCGCUGUCUGUGCUAACAAUGAACUGUUCAAUGCCAAAUGUCAAUUUAUUUUUGGUACCCUUUUGAGAGCUGUUAUGGAAAAAAGUGAUGCUGAAAUGGAGCUGUAGACAUUGUAAAGGUAUCAAAACCAUCUGUUGACUCUUAAUAUUGAAGAGAGUCCAAUAGGGGGAAUUUUGAUACUGACUGUCCUUUGACCAUUUCUAAAUACUAAUGGAGCUUGAAAAUGUCAGCCUGGUUUGUAAAGUGGCGAUUUAACCAUGAAGUGAGUGGGUUACUGCACUAGCAAUAAGGUAUUUGUGUGUGGUUUUUUCCCUGAGUGCCUGGAAGUAGGCGGUCUUGACAUUUUUAUAUUAGUAAAGCACUGUAGGGAGAGCAAGUGGUGAUUCUGAUGUUGUGAAAGUGGUUUGAAAAAAAAAAUAGCCAUGUAGACACUGCUGUCAUUUAAAAAGUAAUUAAAACUGUGGAGCAGGUAAA